AUGCGCGAGUACCAAGGGCUACCUCCGGAUGGGGAGACGAGUGAAGAAGACGAACAGCAGAUUCUCGCAGCAUAUGCAAAUGGCCUACUUGCUGCUGCUCAUAGCCAGGCCAAGCGGAGCCGUUACAGUGUCAAACGCAUCAUGGUCAAGCGAAACAUCCGGGAGGGUUGGCAUCGGCUGCGUCUUGACUACUUUGACCCCCAAAAAGUUUACCCCGACGCAUUCUUCCGGAGGAGGUUUCAUGUGUCACCUAGGCUGUUUUGCCGUGUAGCAGAUGCUGUUACUGAGUACGAUGACUACUUCAAGGAGAAGGAAAAUGCAGCCGGGAAGAUGGGAUGCCAUCCUUACCAAAAGAUUGCUGCUUGCUUCAAACUGCUUGCCACCGCCUGCACACCUGAUUCUCUGGACCGAGAGUUUCGUAUGUCUGGCUCUGUCAUUAUGGAAAGCUUCAAGCAUUUCAUCCAGGGUGUGGUUGACCUCUUCGAACAACGCUACUUACGCAGCCCAAAUGAGACCGAUAUACAGGCCUUCCUGCAGGUUGCUGAGGACAGAGGGUUCCCAGGAAUGCUUGGAAGCUUAGAUUGUCCCCUGUUUUUGAUGACUUCGCCUCUUGUAAUGCCCCUGCUGUCAACUUCACCGUGA